AUGGCAGAAGUUUCUGACGAAAGGAAAAUAGACAUGGAUUCAAAACGCAUACAUACUUAUCCCUUGAUUCGGCACUCGGAUAUGACUGAGGAAAUGAAGACGGAAGCCAUGGAACUAUGUGUAACAGCUUGUGAGAAGUUUGUAUCAAAUAAUGAGAGUGCUGCUAAGAUGAUAAAAGACAACAUGGACAAAAAGUUUGGGGCCUCGUGGCAUGCUGUUGUUGGUGAGAGCUACGGCUUUGAGGUCACCCAUGAGUUGAAAAAUUUACUGUACAUGUUCUUUGGAGGAAAUGUUGCUAUCAUUCUGUGGAAAUGCGCUUGA